CGGGCAUAUCAGGCCAUGCCUGUUACUCGUAUCACCUUCAUAUACCAACUCUGAACGCUGGUGGAUGUGCCGAUCAUCGGAUUACCUAUCUUCGAAGUGAAAGCCGACGUACCAAACAUCGGAAUAGGACUUUGAAAGGUCGACAACCGCGGGAGGAAGUCUUCGCAUACGGGCUUCUGUAUGCGACAACAACAUCGAAUAUGGAUCCAUCAAUGUUGACCGACAUGAUCCUCGAUCUGGAAGACAAGACAUGGCGAGCGUUGAUGGACACCGGGACCGCACUCCUACCAUUCCUCAGUCCCGAGUGCAUCAUGCUGUUUCCCAUGGGAUUGAAGAUUUCAGCGAAGACGGAGCCGAGUAUUGAGGAUGUCAUGAAGUCUGAGGCGUUCGUUCCUUGGCGACGGUACCGAUUGAGCGAAGUCGAGGUCAGGCCUUUGGGCCCUGAAGCAGCAAUCAUCACAUAUCGAGCCAAAGCGACAAGGCAGCAUAUUACGCACGACGACGACGAGAGACAAGAUGAAUUCAGCGCAUUGAUCUCGAGUACGUGGCAGAAAGACCCAGAGGCAGGGAAGUGGUUGAUGUGUGUGCAUCAGCAGACGCCUUAUGAGCUCGAGGUUUGAAGGACCUGAGCGACGGAUGGUUGCGAUGUCCAGAGUACCUUAGUUAUGGGGGUAAGCGAUAUACUUGUAUAAUCACAGCCAUUUCAAUUCCAUUCUACAAGGUAUUGUAGUGUGUAAGGUACCUAAGAG